AUGGCGGAUUCGCGGCCCAGCCGCCCUCGGCGCGGCGGCGCGCAGCACAAGCUGCUGCAGAAGAUGGUGCGCCUCGAGCGGGGCGGCCCGCGGCGCUCCGAGCCCGAGGCGGCCGGCCGGCGAGCGGCCUCGGGCGACGGCGGCUCCUGCUCCGGCUGCUGGUGCUGGCGGCGGCUCUUCCGACCCGGGGCGGCCCGCGCGGGCCCGCGCAGGAAGAAGGCCCAGGAGUGCGGCGUGUGGGGGCCGCUGAGCCUGCAGAGGCUGUUCCAGAGGCUGGCGGCGUGGAGGCGCUCCCUGCGGAGCGGGGAGCGACCCGAGAGGCUGGAGGAGAUCCCUCUGCUGGUGCUGGACCGCGAGCAGGACGGCGACUAGGCCGCGGCCGGGUGGCCCCUGCUGGUGCGACCGCCUGCUCUCCCCCUCCCCGAGAAACUGGCCCUCAUUCCGCAUCCUGAGCAUUGGUUUUAUUUUGUAAACAAAGGCAAGAAAUGA